UCGAUGUUACAAUCAUUGUGGACAUCGGAACGUACCGAGCGAGGAUCGGUUGUUUUACGGCCAGGUCUGGGUCUAUUUUAGACCUAGACACACUUCGGGUGGUUGGCGUUUUCGCCUUUAUUGGAAUUCUCCUCUUUAUGGCUGGCGUCGAGUUUAAUCCGGGACCGUUUCAGGUGCUGUCCGUGCAUUGGGAUAAGUGCAGGAACUCUACAUGGGCUCCGAUUCACCAUGGCCAACCGCUGAAGGUCACAUAUACCCGUCUGAAUUGUGGAUCGUCAUCUCUGUCAUUGCUGUGAAUGAAAAGAUAAGUUGUAUCAUUUUUAAAGGUCAACGAUGACGUAAGACAGUUUUUCUUAAAGAGAUAAUUGUGAUGUGCGAUUGUUGUUGACUUCCUUUGGUAAGCAUUACUGCUGUUGGUAUGCAGACAGACAAUACCGUCCAUUCCACUUGAUUUAUGCUUUUUUGGCAUUUAUAUGCGGUGUAAAUACAUUGAUCUGCUUUUAAUAUGUGUAUUCGGCGGGGGUAAGAUCUGGAGACGGAGAAAAAAAGAGCUUAUUGUUGAUUUUCAAUUAAAUAGCGUUUAAUUAAUUUUUAGGUCAGUUUCCAGGCCGUGUCAGAUGGGACACUAACACGAUCCGGUUCCACUGCUGAAGAAUUAUGGCGCAACGUUUACGGAUGCCAUAAAGAUUCCUCAAUUUAGACGUUCCGUGGAGGUUGAACGUCGUUGCAUAUUUAUGAAAUUGGAGCGACUGAAUAAUAUUUUGUAUAUGUAUGUGUAAACAAAAAAGCGUAAAAUACAAACACACAAGCCUACUUUGUCCAUGUAUAAUUACUAUUUAUAAAAAAAAUACAUUUUGUUAGAUUAACAAUGAAAAUAAUGAUGAUUUGCAUGAUGAUGAUGGUGAUGGUGGUUGUGGAAAUGGUGAUAGUGCUGAUGAUUGUGGUUAUUGUGGUGGUGGUGGUGAUGGUUGCGAUGAUGUUGUUGGUGAUGAUGGCGGUGAUGAUGGUGGUGAAUGUUAUGUUGGUGGCGAUAAUGGUGUUGAUGGUGUUUGUGAUGGUGGUGGAGAUGGUUAUGGGAAUAGUUGUGACGGUGAUGGUGAUGGUUGUGACGUUAGUUGUGAUAGUGCUUACGGUGGUGGAAAUAGGGUGGUGUUGAUUAUGGUGUUGGUGAUGGAGUUGAUGGUGGUGGUGAUGUUGGUGAUGAUGGUGGUGAUGGUGAAGGCGAUAGUUGUGGUGUCAUAAUGGUGAUGGUUAUGAUGGUGUUUGUGAUGACGGUGGUUGUGGUAGUGAUUGUGAUGGAUGUGAUGCUGUUGGCUCUGGUGGUAGUGGUGUUGUUGAUUGUGGUGGAAUUGGUGGUGGUGAUGGUUGUGUUGAUGGAGAUAUAGGUGGUGAUGGUGGUGAUUGUGAUGGUGGUGGUAGAAAUGGUAAUUGUGGUGAUGAUGGAGGUAAUUUGUCAUGUUGUUGCUGAUGGUUGGAUUGGCUCUGGUGGUGGUGGUGAUGGUGAUUGUCGUGGAAGUGAUGGUGGUGUUGAUGGAUAUAUAAGUAGUGAUGGUGGUGAUUGUGAUGGAAGUUUUUGUGGUGAUGGUGGUUGUGAUGGUGGUAAUGGUGUUGGUGUGGGGGAUGUCGACGAUGAUGGUGAUAUAAAUGAUGGUUGUUAUGGUUGUGUUGGUUGUUAUUGUGAUGGUGGUGUUGACGAUGAUGUUGAUGGAAAUUGUUGUUAUGGCGGUGUUGGUUGGGAUGGUGGCGGGGAUGGUUAUGACAGUGAUGGUGGUGAUUGUGUUGUUGGUGAUUGUGGUUGAUGGAGAUAAUAGUGUUGAUGGUGGUGGUGAUAUUGGUGGUGAUGACGGUGAUGGUGAUAGUGGUGAUGAUGGUGGUGGUGAUAGUGAGUUUGUUGAUGGCUGUGAUGAUGGUUAUGGUGAUGGUGGUAUUGGUGAUGGUGUUGGUGGUAUUGGUGGAGAUGGUCCUUGUAAUGGUGGUGAUGGGGAUGAUGGUGAAUAUGAUGAUGGUGGUGAUGAUGGUGGUGAUUGUAGUGGCGAUGAUGGUGGUGAUGGUGAUAUAAGUGGUGAUAGUGGUGGUCGUGAUGGCGGUUUAUUGACGACGGUGGUGAUGAUUGUGAUGUUGAUGAUUUGGUGACGGUUGUGAUGCUGAUGAUGGUGGUGUUAGUUAUAGUGAUAAUGAUGAUGGUCAUCAUGGUAGUGAUGGUGGCGAUGAUUGUUGUGGUGAUGGUGGUGGUGAUGGUGAUGGUGGUGAUGAUUGUGGUCGUUUAAUGGUAGUGGUGGUUGUUUUGGUGGUGAUGAUGGUGAUUGUUAUGGUGGUUGUUGUAGUGAUGGUGGUGGUGAUGGCGGCGGUUUUAGUGGUGGUGAUGGUUUUGGUGACGUAGAUGGUGGUUAUGGGGUUGGUUACGAUUGUGGUCGUUUUGAUGGUAAUGGUGGUGGUGAUAGUGGUCGUGAUGGU